AUGGCCCGUCGGUCUCGCCCCAGCAAACUUCAGAAUUAUGCCCUACCGAAGAGUGGUAUACCUCGCCCAAGGCUCACCGAAGACGACAUCACCGAGCUCAAGGCUCACAUGCGCGAGUCCUUCAAAUGGGAUUCGGAUCCGAGGGACUUCCAGCUCAAGGCCGUCGUUGCGCAGAUUGAAGGAGUAGACAUGAUUGUCCAGGCUCCCACAGGUGCAGGGAAGACAGCUCUCGCUGCGGGUCCACAUGUUUGGCCCGCCUUUGCAAACAAGACGCACCGGUCAUUCCCCUUCGCCCUUGGUGUCACCUUCGCCCUUGGUGUCGCACUCGCGCUCGUCAUCCUCCUCGGUCUCAUCCAUUCUGACCUCCUCGCGCACCUCGUGUUCCCGCGAUCCAACUCUCUUCGCGUCACCCUCAUGGUGAGCCCGCUGAUGGCUCUGGAGGAGGAAAUGGUGGACACCUUUCGGGACGACUUCGGCCUCAAGGCGGUCACACUACAUAGCAAAAACGGCGGCUGCAGCAUGGAAGAGAUUGAGAAGAUCCUCAACCUGGAGUAUCAAGUAGUAAUUGUCUCACCGGAGAUGCUCCAAUCCCGCCGCUUUACAGACCUCGUACUCCGCAACUCAAAGUUCACCCAGAACAUUGUCUCAAUGUUCAUUGACGAAGCCCACUGUGUCGUUCACUGGGGUGCGGACUUCCGGAAGAGUUACGGCACCCUGGGAAAGAUCCGCGCAUUCCUGCCUCCAUGCACUCCCGUAAUCGCUGUCACAGCUACUCUCACUAGACGAGUUCGUCGCGCGCUCUACUAG